UGAGGCAAGUGCCAGGAGUGCUGCAGCAGCAAUAACCCACUUUUCCGACCCGGAAGGAAGGAGGCAAUGAGGAUGGAAUGGCCCCUCACUUGAGCGCUGAUAGCAUGAUACCUUAAGAGAACGCAUGACCCCCGAUAGAUAUGCUGCGUUGGAGAAGUGCUAUUUUCUUGCCACCACUACCCCCCUUCACUUUAUCAUGAAAGUCACCCGUGGGCAAUGAAAUAUUGUAGGGUGUGAUCUUUAUCUUUUUUUUCUCGUCCCUUCGACAUUUCUUCUCAGUCGUGCUCUCUCUUUCCCUCUCUCCCUCUCUCCCUAUCUCUUUUACUCUUUUUUUUGUCUGUUUUGGGUCCGUUCGAUAUUUUAAUUGCUUUUCCAUCUCGUUCGUGGGCUGCCUGUAUAGCUUUUAUCAUCAUUCUAUUGAGAUUUUCUUUUUCGAAAUGGAGCUUCUGGAUCUCCCGUUGCUACUUCUCGAGGAAAUCAUGAGCCACGUAAGUUCCAUCCUCAAACCCUAGGAUUUAUGAUCUUACCUACUUUCCCGCCAUGGUUCCACCCCGCAGUCAAAUCGAUAAAUAAAAACUCGCUAUUUCUGAAGUUUUAAACGGAGUGGUAACGUGAUGAAUACCUAGAUUCCGUACGACGAUAGCACAACGCUUUCUCGUUUAGCACGUACUUCUCGCGCGCUAUAUCAUCUCUCGGUACCGAGGCUGUAUCAUACGCUGCAGGUUGUAGCCACGGGCGGGAAGGUUGGGAAUCUCGAGGCUCUACGGUCACCUGGAUGGAAGUGGUGGGGUAGGAAGGUUGUUGUAAUUGAUGGAGAGGAGGAGGGCGAUACAGCUGGUUCCUCGGAGGGCGAGGAAGACUGUGUGGAUGACCACGGGUGGGCGCAAGUUGCGGGAGUGGUGGGUGGGAUGGAAAUUGGGCGAUUAAGGGACUUUAAGUUUAAUAGCCGGAAGUAAGUUUUUGGAUAUAACACCUGGGAUGGGAAGGGAUGGGAGUACCGGUAUUGUGGGGAUGAACUGGCGCUGAAGGUGGCGCGUUCGGUUAAUUUAGGUGCGCGCUGGCGCAAGCGGCUCUGUCAGCCGCAUUAUCCAAGCACUCGCUGCGAACAUUGAAGCUGACCAUGCACCCAUCUCACUCCGCCGCCACCGCCACUCCCGCUCCCGCUCCCGCUCCCGCUCCCGCCGCCAACCUCACCUUUCCACCUCCACCGCCUUCAUCUCCCGACCCGAUACUAACAUGCCUAACACCAGCCCAACACCUGACCUUACAAAAGCUCUCGAUAAACCACAUAAACCCUGAUAACGAGCAAGAGCUGAUAAGCAUGUACAUGACUUUGAAACUGCUCCCACUCACCUCCCUCUCUUUGAAGUCGCGCGCCUUUACCGACCUAGACUACGUGCCAUUACCCGAGCUGCACCCAUCUACACACCUCUGCUCUAUAAAACUCUAUGGCUUUGACAUCCCCCCUCCAGAGUACUGUGUUGAGACAUUCUUCAACCCGACAUACCUGCGCAAGCUUGUGCUCUGGGAAUGCCGUGGAUUCGAUAGCCUCCUAUCAUAUCUGUCUAAGGGUGUGGGCGGGGGUGGCAGUCAUGACCAAGGAUUAGAAGAACUAAGUCUAUACACAUGGGAGGACGUGCCGGACAUCGAUGGCGUGAUAAUGUUCAUUGCCACCUGCCGGAAACUGAAAAGGGUGCUUCUGAACCUCAGCAGCUUCACGGAGUCGUCUAUGAAAGCUCUAAUCCGCGCUUUGGGGAGCAGCAGAGGUAGUUUGGAAUCGCUCACGGUGCAGGUUCGCGAGCCGGAGACUACCCGAGCGAUGUAUUACCGCCCGGAGUGGCUGGCACCGUUGAAGGGGUUUACGAAGAUGGAGGGGCUGGGUAUGAAUUAUGAGAUGAAGGGACUUAAGGUACGUCCAGCUUUUGUUAUUUUAACGAUAGAGCAAGGAUUAAUGGGGGCGGGUACAUGCAGCUAUCAAACAUCACCCCGACACUCCCCCUUGGCUUGAGAGCUCUAGAGAUCAGGUUGCGCGGGGAGUUACUAGCUAAGCCCAAGACAAAGACCAAGGUCAUCUCUCAGACCCGGGGUAUUGGAAGGGCGAGAGGGAUGCUAAGAGACGUUCUCAUUAAUGACGGUGAUUAUUUUGAAAUCUCUUGGGAUCUCAAGGUAAAGCAUGGAGAAAAAGUUUCCGUCGAAGAGUUAGAAUAA